UAAAAAGAACUUCGUCGCGACUCAAGUGGGAGUUUUUUACUACUUCUUGUUGACUUCAAUAGAACUCUCCAGAAAACCCAAGUCUUCCCUCUCUUGUUCGAAUCCUGCGUUUCUUCCUUUCUUAUAAUCGACUCUUCAGUUGUUCUUGCGAACUUCAAAGCUGCAAGACGAAUCCUUUCUUUCUUUGAUCCUCGCUGUCUGUUUCUCUAAGCUUGUUUCUCUGUUAUCUGUUUGUCUAAGCUUUGUCAAUGGCGUCGGAUCUUGAGAAGAAAGCUAAAGAAGCCUUCAUGGAUGAUAAUUUCGAGCUUUCUGUUGAUCUUUGUACACAGGCCAUCGAUUUGGACCCCAAUAAUGCAGAUCUCUAUGCAGACCGUGCACAGGCGAAUAUCAAGCUUAAGAAUUAUACUGAGGCGGUUGCUGAUGCAAACAGAGCAAUUGAAUUGGACUCUUCAAUGGCUAAGGCAUACCUACGCAAAGCUACUGCAUGUAUGAAACUGGAAGAAUAUCAGACUGCCAAAGCGGCCCUUGAUGCUGGUGCAUCUUUAGUGCCAAGCGAUUCAAGGUUUACAAAUUUGAUAAAGGACUGCAAUGACCACAUCGCAGAGGAAACUGGUGACAAAACUAUGCAUUCGGCACAAAGUGCGCCACCAAGUGCUGUGACUCCUGUUGAAUCUCACUUAUCGGAUGGAACUGAAAGUGACUCUAUUCUGAGCCAGAAAAUCCCACAAACAUUGGUGACACCAGCUAAACCAAAAUACAGGCACGAGUACUACCAGAAGCCAGAAGUAGUAGUUGUGACCAUAUUUGCUAAGGGAGUACCAUCUAAAAAUGUGUCUAUUGAAUUUGGUGAACAGAUUCUAAGUGUCACCAUUGAUGUUCCUGGUGAAGAUCCAUAUAUUUUUCAACCUCGCUUGUUUGGGAAGAUAAUACCUGAGAAAUGCAGAUAUGAUGUUCUGUUGACCAAAGUUGAGAUAAGACUAGCAAAAACUGAAGCCAUCAACUGGACAUCUUUGGAAUUCAGUAGGGAAAUUACAAUUGCACAGAAGAUUAAUGCACCAUCAGUUGGAGGUACUGGAACUGUGCGACCUACAUAUCCAUCUUCAAGACCGAAAGGCAUUGAUUGGGAUAAGCUAGAAGCCCAAGUCAAGAAGGAGGAAAAAGAAGAAAAGCUAGAAGGAGAUGCAGCUUUGAAUAAACUUUUCCGAGGCAUAUAUCAAGAUGCUGAUGAGGACACCCGGCGAGCCAUGAGGAAAUCUUUUGUGGAGUCACAUGGGACAGUUUUGUCUACAAACUGGAAAGAAGUGGGUGCAAAGAAGGUGGAAGGCACUCCUCCAGACGGCAUGGAGCUUAAGAAAUGGGAGUACUAGAUAUGAACUGUGGUUCUGUUCUACUCCAGAUUCAGUGUCUCUUUUUCUUUCUCAGAAGAUAUUUAUUCUCUCCUUUCUCUAUUUUUUCGGUGUCCAGGGUGUUUCAGAUAUCGUGGGUGUCUAGACUGUUCAGAAGUAAUGCAUUUGUCUCUGUUUCAAAUUGUCAAGGCCUCUUUUUUUUUUUUUUUUAAUUGGAUGGAACCUUUAAAUGUCUGUUGAUUAGUUAUUUGAGGCUUAAGAUGAUACUCAUAUGUUUUUUGA